GAGCAGUCGGGUAACGGCACAUUCCUUCAAGGGUGAUCUCAGAAAUCUGAUUGUGUGGAAUGGGUCUGUUGUCUGAAAAAUUAUCUGUACACCAAUCUACGAAACUGAAAAAAAUGUGUUAAGAAAUCUGGCGGUGUGAGCACACUUUGACAAAAAAAGUUUAGUGGGGAGGGGAUUAUUUUUACAGUCGAAGCAGCUACUAGAACAUGGGCGAAACAAAACGGUUUCACAUCAGAGAUCUGCUCCUCUAGAUAUCUUACAGUGGCUACAGCAGCCAGACACAGUCACCGCCACCACCACCACCACCAUUCCUUCCUGCUCCUCCCCACCACCCCCAAACGUGCAUGCGCCGGCGAACAAGUGGCAAUCUGUCGUAUGUGGAUGCAACCCACGUGUUAUCCAUCCUACAGACUCGUGCCUGCUACUGGGUGCAACAAACUCGCGCGCCGACUUCGCAUCCUCCACCCCACCCACCCAAGACUACCCCACACCCACCCACCCACCCACCUCCCAAUCUCAACCAUCCCAAACACGAUUGGAGGGACCGCGUCUCCGUGGAAGGCAAGACGGAGGCAGCGAGAGGGCGCCGUGCGUGCGCGUGAGCUUUCAAUCAGCCCGGGUGUCGUGCUAUAAAGAUGCCGGGUGCCCUUUGCUUGAGAUGUCAUUUACAGGCACCUCGCGAGAAAACGCUUAUCGACUCCUGCGGCAACACUGCGGCAAUUUUCAUUGGAGGAUUGGCUGGGUCGCCACCUAGCGGCGAGGGACUUCAUUCAGUCGCCGUUCGUUCGUUUGUUUGUCUUUUUUGUACUUCGAUUCAGCGGCUGCUUACACCUCUGCGACAACAGCUUCUCGACACAAUCAUCAAGUUUCAUCAAUCGCCACUUCUUUCCUCGCUUUCAUUCUCUACGCCGUCAUCAUGACCCCCGCUGUGUCAGACCCCACGCUCUAUGACGUCACGGACGCCAGCAUUGCGAUUGUGACGCCACCCUGCAACCUCUCGAACGGAAGUGAGUACGAAUACUGCGACUACAUAUACAACGACACCAUGCCGUCGAUGCCGCUAGAAGAGGUCAUCCCAGUCUCGUUUAUUUACUCCGUCACCCUGCUUCUGGGGCUGGUGGGCAACGGACUGGUCAUCUUCUCCAUCUCGUACUACGGGCGGAUGCGAACCGUCACCAACGUGUUCUUGCUGUCCCUGGCUACGGCGGAUCUUUUGCUGGUACUCUUCUGUGUGCCUGUCAAGGGUGUGGCCUUCUUCUCCUUCACCUGGGACUUUGGUGAGGCGAUGUGCAGGCUUGUCAACUAUGUCCAGAACUACUCCAUGAUCUGCUCGGUUCUCACCCUCACUGUCAUUUCACUAGAGAGGCUGGUGGCUGUGCUGUUCCCGCUGCGGGCCAAGUAUUUGUGCACCAUGUCACACGCUCGCCUUGUCGUCGUCCUCGUGUGGGUCGUCUCAGGACUCCUGGCUCUCCCAACUAUAUUCAUCAUGCACUACAUGCCAGUGGGAAGGAACGACGAGUAUCACUAUUGUAUCAAGAACUACGAGCAUCCAGUCUACAUCGUCGUGUAUGAGCUGUACAUGUUUGUCCUCAUGUUCUUUGCUCCUGUUGUCAUCAUGGUCUUCGCCUACAGUGUCAUUGCCCUCAAGGUGUGGAGAGUGAGCGACAUGCGCACUGGAGGGAUUCUCACGACCACUACUUCUGAGUCGAAGCAAAAGGUGGCACCGAAGGUAGAGGAGAGUGAACAGAUAUAUUUAGGCAACGGGAAACAGAAGAGCCUCCGGGGAUCAAAGGGGCAAGCUGUUACUGAAGAAAAGGAGACGAGAAAACAGGUGGUGCUGAUGCUGGUGUUGGUGGUGUUGUUGUUCGUGAUAUGCUGGGCUCCGAUCCUCGUCAACAACAUCCUGACAGCCCUCGGGUACCUCCACUACCUCCACUACGACUUCCUCAAGCCCAUGCGCCAGGCCUUCCACAUCAUGUCGUACUUCAAUUCCUGCGUCAACCCUAUCGUCUACGCCUUCCUCUCUCGCAACUUCCGCCAGAGCUUCAAGAUGGCCAUCUGCGCAUGCGUGAAAGGAAGGGCGUUCGUGCGGGCGUACCGGUUCAGCAUCUCCGCCGCCAGCACGCGCACCUCCGCGGUCCACACCAACGGUCGCGCGCUGAUGACGCUGGUGGAGAAAGAUGGAGGCAGCAGCGGCAAUGAAGUGUCCUGCCCCGCGAUGGGAUACGACUCCGAGCAGCUGGAGCUGCGCAAAUUUCAGUCUAAGAUACUUGUGAGGCUGCAGUCAACAACUCAGGCUGUGUGUUCUGAAUCAUGAACACGUGACAAGGACUGGCACUGUCUUAUGUUUGAUGCAGGGAAAGAUUCUCAUGGGGUUUUUUUUUUCCUACAUAAAAGUAAAACGUGUGAGUUCUGGACAGUUUUAUGAUGGGCGAGGGGAGAAAGAACGAGGGGAAAACUGUGAUUAAAAGGUGAUAGACUGCCAUUCAUCUUUUGACCUGUGACUGGCAACUACGAUGGAGUGUGUUUUAUUGCCUGUUUCUUCAGGAGGAGAGCAGAUCCGAGACGAAACAGCAGUUAUCUGUUAUAUCAUGUAGAGCUUCAAUAAGAAGCUCUUUCAUCAACUGGAAAUGUAGUUUAAAAAAUGCAUGUUUCCACAGACAGGUAAAAGCCUCAGCUUUCUGAAUAUCUGUCCAUCAUAAACACAUCUUUUCACGUCCGUAGAUGAAACAAAUAACAUAAAAACUAAUUUUCAUAACAAACCACUUAUGAGUACUACUUAAUAGUCGACAAAAUUACUGAAAAAAUAACAUCGCAGUUGGAUAAAGUAGACACAAAGUUUAAUAACAAUUUUUUAAAAAAGUAAGUAAAUUAUUCUCGAGACUAUGUUGAAUACCUGUCAUCCGGGUCUUGAAUGUUGCACCAUCAAAAUCGCUCAGGUAAUGUAGCGAGAGCCGUUGAACUGAGCUCACUCGUUAGGUGGCGCCACGCGUCUGUCUAAUCAACACAUGGCCGUCGCUAUCUGCCUCUAAGACAGAAUUAUCGUCAUAACGAGCAUUCACAACUCAUUACGGGGAUUAUCUCACUUUAAUUAAAAACGAUCAAAGAGCAGGGUGAUUGAUGUUAAAACUCUCUGACUGUGGAGGUAGAAACGAGCUGCAGGAACAAGAAUAUCCACCAAUAAAUGUGGUUGUACAUAUCUGUGAUAUAACAGGAUGAUAUUGUUACACCGUGAUUGUUUUAUACACAACAAGUUAACCCUUGUCUUACUUUGGGUAAGUUUAGUUAGUAUUUUGUUAUCUUAUCACAUAGUGUUCUAAUAUCAUGGUCAUAUUACAUACACCUACAUGUGCAUUUAUGUGUCUGUCUCCGUGUGGUGCUGGACCAGGUUAUUAAAUUCUUAUGAGGAGUCUGUCUAAUUGAAUACGGGUUGUAUGAAAUAUAAAUCCGCCAUUACUUGUGAGACAAUCCAUUUGCAAUUUGUUUGCGAUGGGACAGUACAAAGACCGCUGCCUGGUUCGACUCUUAAAGCCACUAUGCAUGUACUCCUAUCCACAUAGUCCUUGAAUGACAAAAUUUAAAUGAAUUUAUCUACAUUUGUGCCAACUAGCUUACUUAAUAUGUCCUAUGAGGUUGCCUUCCUCCACAGAAGCAGUUCAAAAGGAAAGAUUCCUAGCAUAGGAUUGAGAACGCCUUUGUUUAUUUCAUCGUCCAAACAAAAAUAAUCGAAAAAUGUCAAAGAGAUGAAUUAUAGUAUGAAUUAUACAUGACACAUACAUACACAAACCAUACACUUGUUUAUGUUUUGUAGAACUGAUAGACAUGUCGUGCAAAUCGGGAGCCAAGUGUAUAUUUACAGUUUCUGAACAUACCAUUAACUUGGACCAAUCCUUCUCCUAUAGCCUGUGUUUUGUACAGAAGAGGCUUUUAAACAUAAUGUGUGUCACCUGUUAUAAUCUCUGUAUAAUAAGUAUGUAAGGAAUAUUUCUGGUUUCUUCAAUACGUUUGAUGCGUUUUGUUAUAGUUUGUUAUUGCGAUUUGAUUAUGAAUGCCUAUCUCUUGCCUUUCUAUGUUCAGAUACAACAUACAAAGAUCUCCUCGGUAGAUACACCGCUUCCAUUAUUUGAUUAUUCUGUAUGUAUGUUUAAAGUUUGUUGUGAACACUAAACUGCGUUAAUGUAUCAUUUGAGGAAGUUGUUUUUUUCUUCUUUUUUUUAUAAUCUAGGAAGUAGUUUGUCUGAGAACCUGGUGAGCUUGACAGUUGUUUCUUAAGGCAGGAUGGCGAUAGUGGCA